UGGGGGCGCGGUCAGGUGAUUGGUGGGCGGUGGUCAGCUGAUCUCGGGCCGGUGUCAGGCUGGUUCUCUCUGUUCCCCGGAUCAGUGAGAGGAGAGGAGAGGCGCCAUGAACGGACACGUCCUACUCUACUCCGGGGUCUCCGUGGCCUUCUGGGCGACGCUCAUCAUCGUAGGAACGUGUUACACGAUAUUCGAUUUGGGAUUUCGCUUUGAUGUAGCGUGGUUCCUGACGGAGACCUCGCCGUACAUGUGGGCGAACCUUGGCAUCGGAUUGGCCAUCUCGCUGUCUGUGGUGGGAGCAGCCUGGGGAAUUUAUAUCACUGGCUCCAGCAUCCUGGGAGGAGGAGUGAAGGCUCCACGCAUUAAAACCAAGAACCUGGUCAGCAUCAUCUUCUGUGAAGCUGUGGCCAUCUACGGAAUCAUCAUGGCCAUUGUGAUCAGCAAUAUGGCGGAGCGUUUCUCAGGAAACACUCCGGAGACCAUCGGGAGAAACAACUACCAUGCAGGGUUCUCCAUGUUUGGCGCCGGCCUCACGGUGGGCUUUUCUAACCUCUUCUGCGGGAUCUGUGUCGGUAUCGUUGGCAGUGGCGCAGCGCUGGCAGAUGCCCAGAAUGCCAGCCUCUUUGUGAAGAUUCUGAUUGUGGAGAUUUUCGGGAGCGCCAUCGGCCUGUUCGGGGUUAUUGUGGCGAUUCUGCAGACCUCUAAAGUAAAGAUGGGGGACUGAGCGGAGCGGCUGGGAGGAGCCGUGUGUUGCGUCCUCCAUUCCCGGAGACCAGAAGACAAGAUUUAUUUAUUCCAUUCGCUCAUCUCUGAAGAUCGCCGUCACAUGACUUUUUUUUUUUUUGGGCCGGUUGUAUUUUUAUUUGAAACUCCUGAAAUGUGCUGUAAAGAUGGUGUAUAUAAUUAUUUUACCCCUCCCCCGAUGUCGCCCUGUUUUAGGAUCUUGUGAUAAAAUUAUAUAUAUUUGUUUUGUGGAGAUCUAUUUACUAAGGUGUUCCUUUCUCAACCAAUGCCAGGAGAGUGUUUUCAUCCCCCCCCCAGCCCCCCUCCUCUCUGAUCGACGCCGGUCAUGGUGACCGUUUUUAUGUGAAAAUAAAAUAAAGGAGCGCCGAGGUGCGCAGGUUUCCCUCCCACCAUCUACA